AUUGUUGUGCCGAAGUUUGACAACCAGGCAACGACGAGGGAGGAGAAAGGAAAGAAAGCAACAAUAGAUAAAAAAGCAGUUUUCUAAAAUCGCGACCAACUAAUUCGUGCGAUCGUGGAAAAACUCAUCAUCCCUGGGCUUGCCAGGCGCCAGUCCCGACCAUGGAAAGACGGAUAAAGCUGAAAACAUUGAACGAACACAUUACGUGCGAAAUUUGCCGAGGCUAUUUCAUCGAUGCAACCACCGUAACCGAGUGUUUACAUACGUUCUGCAAAAGCUGCCUAGUGAAACACUUAGAGGAAAACAAUACCUGCCCAACGUGUGAAAAUGUUAUCCACCAGUCGCAUCCGUUGCAGUACAUCAGCUUCGACCGUACGAUGCAGGACAUCGUGUACAAGCUGGUGCCGAACCUUAUGGACAAUGAAAUGCAGCGGGAGCGGGAGUUUUACAAAAUGCGAAACCUACCUUGUCCGAAAGAUAUACCGCAGGUGCACGACAGUGACGAUAAGGCAAACGAGCAGGCUCACCAGGAAGCGGACUACCAUCGGCAGGACGAGCAGGUUAAUGUGUGCCUCGAAUGUAUAAGUGACAAGCUGCGCAACCUGAAGCGACGGUUCAUACGGUGUAGUUCACAGAUCACGAUAACGCACCUGAAGAAGUUCCUCGCGAAAAAAGUACUGAACGGUAUCGACCGAUAUAAAGAUAUCGACAUCCUGUGCAAUGACGAGCUGCUAGGAAAGGACCACACGUUAAAGUUCGUGUACGUGACGCGGUGGCGCUUCAAAGACCCACCGCUAAGAUUACAAUAUAGGCCACGUGUGGACCUUUAAGCGGGAUGCGUACCGAACAAUGGAACUGGAAGAGCAUUUGGAAAUGUGCUCUACCUGUUCUACUCAGUCAGUCUGAGAUUCAGAGGGCUACUGUAGAUACGAGAUUUUUAGGUGUGGGUGUGGACAAGCGUUCGUCCUUCAGCAGUUGAUGCGCAAACCCGAGCGUUGUGAUAUCAGGAAGGUUUUUGCGAAAUAGCAAGCGUGGUCACAAGAGCGGCGGUGAAUGCUUUUGCAUUACCUCCUUUCUUCAUGUACCACCGAGAGCAAUGAAGGAGACUCGCAUGGUCACAUGUUUAAACAGAGGAGAGAGGUUUAGAAAAGAUUCGUUUUACGCUCUAGAUUUAUAUGUUUAUGUGUUAUUUAAGCAAUGAAUGUACAUAAGAAAACACAAAGUAGAAAAACUCUGAGCGGACGUGUUGCGGCCCCCGAAAAAGGUUUUACACCGCAAACGGACAGCAUUAGACUGGUCGCACGAAAGGUGCGAUAAAUGUAUAGAAACAAAACAGGGGCUCGACACUAUGCCAGCAGAGAGGUGCACAAUGAUGUACUUGUGCGUGUAAUAAUUCUCAAUUUGCAAAUAGAAGAAAGCGCGUAUGAGCGGAGCGGGAUCACAGGAUCACUCAAGCAUGACGUAGUAGAAAAGAUGAUCUGUAUAAGUAUUAUAAUAAAUUUAUAUUCUAAAGACAUUAA